ACUGGUGGCAAUUGGAUAGGUAGUCUUAUUAUCGGCUCAAAUGGCGGGUGGUCACUCCCAAUGUCUGUAAAUUUGACGAGGAGACAGGAUACUGGAAGGCUGAAUUCAUCUCCACUUUCCUCUAUUACACCAGUUGUUCGGCUUCAGUAUGGCUGCAACCAUACAUUGGUAAUUCCAGUAACUGAUCCGGACAGUGAUACUGUAAGAUGUCGAUGGGCCGUAGGAUCUAGAGAGUGUGGAGAUGUGUGCGGAGGAUUUCUAAAUGCUGUACUGGAUGAGGCUACAUGCACCAUUACUUAUCAGGCCAAAUAUCAGGUAGGAUGGUAUGCUGUGGCACUGAUGAUUGAGGAUUUUGCAAGUCCAUUGUCUACUUCACCGUUGAGUCAAAUACCUCUUCAAUUUUUAGUAGAAGUUUACAACAAUGCUAUGCCUUGUAGUAGUGCACCAUACUUCAUUGACCCAACACCGAAAGAUGGGGCAUGUAUCGCAGUUCCAGAAAAUGAGACUUAUUUUCAAACAAUUGUUGCGGACAGCGGAAUGGAGGGAUCGGGGAUAUCUGACAUUGUAACCGUCUCGCCGUUUGGAUUUUCAAAAUCAGAAGUUGUUCAAGUGCAAAGUGAUAAUCGAUUGUUUUAUGUAAAUCUAACAUGGACACCUACUAAGCAACAAGAAGGCGAGAAUAUACUUUGCUUUACUGCUGAAAACACAGAAGGAGUAACGGGUCCUCAAACUUGCAUAAAGCUGGUUGUUGGUGUGACUUCCCCUGCUAUUGUUCUGGAAUCACUUGAACCUAAUCCAGGAGCUGAAAUUGUUUCAAACCACUCAACGUGGCGAAUGAAAUUUGAUAAAGAGUUUGUACGACCCACAAAACCAACAUUUAUUCGUUUCUACGAUGGCAAUGACAGUCUUGUGUAUUCAAUAGACGUUUCUUCCAGUCCUGACGUUGUAUAUCAGCCAAUGACAAAUCGUUCUAUUACAUUUAUGACAAAUGGCCUCCAACUCCUGGAAAAACAAAGCUAUUACAUUUUGAUGGAUGCUGGAGUGGCUACAGGAUUGGAAGCAUGUGGCUCUGAAUCGUCAAUAAUACGAGACCGAUUUUUUUGGACAUUCACUAUAUACACUCCAGCAUGUGAAUGCUUGAACGGCGGAACAUGUCUUACUAAUAACGAUUCCACAAGCACUUGCCAAUGCCCUUAUGGAUUUGUUGGGCCAACUUGUAAAAGAGUUGCGGGAUACUGCGCUUGUGCUCAGCCAUAAGUAACAAUAUCUACGAUACGUAUCCGGCGACUGGAUAAUGCUCCAUGUUUUGUAUUUUGUUUAUUUUAUAUAGUACAUACAUGACCUUCUGUAAAGUAUCACAAACAGACGCAUGUUCCUAAGUAUGCUGAUAGCAUUAGACGUCUAUUAUAUAGUACUACGUAUUCUGAGCUUGUGGUUGGUGGCUGUGUUUUAAAUUUUUGUCGAAAUAUAUAAAGGGAAUAUAAGCUUUUCAUUUCCAAGUACUUUGCCAAAAUAUUAUUUGGGCCAUAUAGAUUCUGUAUAACUAAUUUUAUACCCCCAUAAUAUAACUACGAAACACAUAUAUUGUUAACAGGAGUAUAUAUGUUCAUUACAUGCAUAUAACGAAUUGCAGGCCCAUAGCUAGCAUAUACGGUACCGAAGGCAAAGGGGUUCUGGGCAUAAGUUUCAGGUGGUCUUUUGGCUUGAGUUUAUAUAAAACGUAAAUAUAUGUUUUAUAUCAAACAUAUAAAAAUAUACUUCAUUAUGCUGAUGCUCACCUAAAUCAUUUAUUAAACGUGACAUGUAACUUUCUUGAUUUUGAUAACCGCGAAUUAAAUUGUGAUGUUAAACGUAUUAAUACUUUAAAAAUCAUACGCAUUAAAUAUGCAAUUCUUAGACUUGAUAAAGGAAUGGUGUUGCGAUAAUGAAGAAAUCUGAUUAUAUUACAUCUAUGACCAGCUUGUUCUCUGAUCCAACUAAAUUUAAGAAAUUGUCACAGCUUAACUCCUUACAAGCCUACCUUCGAACACUGUUUAAUACUGUAGAAAAGAACUAACUUAUGCUGAAUACAAAGAAAUUCGUCCAGUAUCAACCAUGCCUGUCGGAGCCAUUGGUCUACCUAAAUUACACAAGGAUUUUAUAAUAUUCCACCUCUAAGACCUAUUAUUGACACAACCGGCACUUUUUAUUACUCAGUAGCUAACUUAUUAAGGCCUCUUUCUGUUAAAGAUGUUGUUCUUAAAGAUUCGUUUGAUGCUGCUGACCGCAUUAAAGGUAUACCAGACCAUUCA